GUGGGUGGCACUUCCUGUUUGCACACAGAGCAGCAUAAAACCCAGUUCCUCUGAGAGUGUUUGGGAUCAGAUUGACUGCAGGGAGUCAGGGGCAGUCUGAUCUGCUCUCCUCUGGCUCAUCUCCCUCUUCCCCUGCAGCAUGGGGAAAAAUGAACUCCUCUUCCUCCUGGGGCUCCUGCAUGCGGUCGCCUCCCUCUCUGGAAAACCAAACUACAUGGUGCUGGUCCCCUCUGUGAUCCAUACAGGGGCCCCAGAGAAGGGCUGCAUCCUUCUGAGCCAGCUGAAUGAGACAGUGACUGUGAGUGCCUCCUUGGAGUCAAUCAGGGAGAACAGGAGCCUCUUCACGGACCUGGUGGUGGAGAAGGAUCUAUUCAACUGUUUCCCCUUCACUGUACCUAGGUCAUCAUCCAAUGAGGAAGUAAUGUUCCUCACUAUCCGAGUGAAAGGAGCAACCCAAGAAUUCAAGAAACGGACCACAGUGUUAAUUAAAAAUGAAGACAGCCUGAUCUUUGUGCAGACAGACAAGCCGGUCUAUAAACCAGGGCAGACAGUGAAAUUCCGUAUUGUCUCAUUGGAUGAAAAUCUUCGCCCACUAAACGAGUUGAUUCCACUAGCAUACAUUCAGGACCCCAAAGGAAAUCGCAUUGCACAAUGGCAGAAUCUCAAGUUAGUCAGUGGCCUCGAGCAGUUGUCCCUUCCCCUCUCAUCAGAGCCCUUCGAGGGCUCCUACAGAGUGGUGGUACAGAAGAAAUCAGGUGGAAGGACGGAGCACCACUUCACUGUAGAGGAAUUCGUGCUUCCCAAGUUUGAAGUCCAAGUGACAGUACCCAAUACAAUCACCAUCUUGGAUGAGGUGAUGGAUGUAUCCGUGUGUGGUCUAUACACAUAUGGGAAACCUGUUCCAGGAAACGUGACUGUGAGCCUAUGCAGGAUGUAUAGCCACCCUUCCACCUGCUACCAUGAAGAGUCCCAAGCAUUCUGUGAGAAAUUCAGUCACCAGCUAAACAGUCACGGCUGCUUCUCUUGGCAAGUAAAAACCAAGGCCUUUCAGCUGAAGCAGGAAGGCUAUGAUAUGCAGCUGUCUGUUGAGGCCACAAUCCAAGAAGAAGGAACAGGAGUUAAAUUAACAGGAAAAGCAUCCAGCAAAAUCACAAGAACCAUCACUGAACUCUCAUUUGUGAAAGUGGACUCAUACUUCAGACCGGGGAUACCCUUCUUUGGAAAGGUGCGCCUAACAGACGGGAAAGGUAACCCUAUGCCAAAUCAGAUCAUCUCCAUCACAGCAAAUGAAGCUGACUAUAAAUCCAAUGCUACCACCGAUGAGAAGGGUGUGGUACAGUUCUCCAUCAACACCACCAAUGUUGUAGGCACCUCCUUGACGGUGCAGGCCAAAUACAAGAGUGAUUCCAACUGUUACAGCUACAGAUGGCUGUCUGCAGAUCAUAAAGCAGCACAUCACACUGCUCACCUCGUAUAUUCCCGGAGCCAAAGCUUUGUCUACCUUGAGCCAGUGACUAAAAAACUACACUGCGGAGGAACUUUUAUGAUCCAAGCACAUUACGUUGUGAAUGAACACGUUCUACAGGAGCUCACCAUCCACUACCUGAUAAUGGCAAAGGGAGGCAUUGUCCGAGCUGGGACUCAUGUUGUGCCCGUGGAGCCGGGCACCGUGAAAGGACAUUCUUCGGUGUCAAUCCCUGUGGAGUCAGACAUGGCUCCCAUCGCUAGGCUGCUCAUCUUCAUCGUUUUACCUGACGGGGAAGUGAUUGGGGAUUCUGAAAAAUAUGAGGUGGAAAACUGUCUUCCCAACAAGGUGAAUUUGGGCUUCAGGCCCAAACAAAGUUUCCCAGCUGCCCAAGUCCACCUGCAAGUCACGGCUUCGCCUCAGUCCCUCUGCGCCCUCCGGGCUGUGGACCAAAGCAUGCUGCUCAUGAAGCCUGAGGCUGAGCUCUCUGCGGCCUCGGUUUAUAACCUACUGCCCGUCAUAGACCUCACUGGCUUUCCUGAAAGUUUGAAUCAGGAGGAAGAUGAUCAAGACUGUGUCCGUGUCCACAAUUUGCUGAUUAACGGAACUUUGUAUUCACCAGUACCAACCACAGAUGGAAAAGACAUGUACAGUUUCCUACAAGAUAUGGGCUUAAGGGUAUUCACUAACUCAAACAUUCGUAAACCCAAAAUAUGUUCACUGUCUGAAGAGACUGCAAUAGCCUCUCCCAACAUAGUAAGGCUGAGUAGUGACGUAGUUGAAUAUGAUUCAGCGUACCAUGUUUCUCAACCAACGGCCGAUGCUACGGAUUCUUACAGAGAAACAAUCAGAAAAUAUUUUCCUGAGACGUGGAUUUGGGACCUAGCGGUGGUGGACUCCUCAGGUGUGGCUGAACUGGGGGUCACAGUCCCUGACACCAUCACGGAGUGGAAGGCAGGGGCGUUCUGCCUGUCCAAUGAGACAGGGUUUGGCCUGUCUCCCACGGCCUCUCUCCGAGCCUUCCAGCCCUUCUUCGUGGAGCUCACACUGCCCUACUCUGUGAUCCGUGGAGAAGCCUUCACACUCAAGGCCACUGUGUUAAACUAUCUUUCCAAAUGCAUCCAGGUCAGUGUGCAUCUGGAAGCCUCUUCCCUGUUCCUUGCUGUCCCAGUGAAGCAGGAGCAAGAGUCUUACUGCAUAUGUGAGAAUGGGCGGCAAACUGUGUCCUGGACAGUAACUCCCAAGUCAUUAGGAAAUGUGAAUUUCACUGUGAGCGCAGAGCACCUGGAGUCUCGAGAGCUGUGUGGGGCUGAGGUGGCUGUGGUUCCUGAACAUGGCAGGAAAGACACCAUCAUCAAGUCCCUGGUAGUUGAACCUGAAGGACUGGAAAAGGAAGAAACAUUCAACCUCCCACGUUGUCAACCAGAUGGUGAGUCAACUCAUCAGUUCAGCCUGAAGCUGCCUCCAAAUGUCAUACAAGAAUCGGCCCGAGCCUACGUAUCCAUUCUGGGAGACAUACUGGGCUCUGCCAUGCAAAACACACAAAAUCUCCUCCAGAUGCCCUAUGGCUGUGGCGAACAGAACAUGGUUCUCUUUGCUCCUAACAUCUAUGUUCUGGAUUACCUAAAUGAAACACAGCAGCUGACUCCAGAGAUUAAGUCCAAAGCCAUUGAAUAUCUCAAUAGGGGAUACCAGAGGCAGCUGAGAUAUAAACACCGUGAUGGUUCCUACAGCACCUUUGGGGAAACACCUGGUGGGAAUAAAGGCAAUACCUGGCUCACAGCCUUUGUGCUGAAGAGUUUUGCACAGGCACGAGCAUAUAUUUUCAUUGAUGAAGAACACAUCAACCAGCCCCUCUUGUGGCUCUCCCGCAAGCAGAAGGAUAAUGGCUGCUUCAGGAAGUCUGGGUCACUGCUCAACAAUGCCAUGAAGGGAGGGGUAGAUGAUGAAGUGACCCUCUCCGCCUAUAUCGCAAUUGCCCUUCUGGAGAUUCCUCUUCCAGUCACGCACCCUGUUGUCCGCAACGCCCUGUUCUGCCUGGAGUCAGCCUGGAAUUCUGUGAAAAAUGGAGCCCAAGGCAGCCAUGUCUACACCAAGGCACUGUUGGCCUAUGCUUUUACCCUGGCAGAUAACCAGGAAAAGAGGAAAGAAGUCCUCCUGUCCCUUCAUGCAGAAGCUGUAAAAGAAGAUAACUCCAUCCAUUGGGAGCGACUUCAGAAACCCAAGACGUCAAACACCAAGGCUCCCUCUGCUGAGGUGGAGAUGACGGCCUACGUACUCCUGGCCUACGUCACAGCCAGGUCCGCCCUCGCAUCCGAGGACCUGGCUGCUGCUACACUCAUCGUGCAGUGGAUCAAAAAGCAGCAGAACGCCCAGGGCGGCUUCUCCUCCACCCAGGACACAGUGGUUGCUCUCCAAGCUCUGUCAAAAUAUGGGGCAGCCACUUUCUCCAGGACUGAGUCAGCUCUAGAGGUCACCAUCCAGUCUUCGGGGACAUUUUCCACAAAAUUCCAAGUGAACAACAACAAUCGCCUAUUACUACAGCAGGUCUCCUUACCGAAGGUACCUGGAGAAUAUAGUGCAAUUGUGAAAGGCCAUGGAUGUGUCUACCUGCAGACAUCCAUGAAAUACAAUGUUAUUCCAGAAAAGGAAAAUUUCCCAUUUGCUUUACAAGUGCAAACUGUGCCCCAAACUUGUGAUGGACCCAAGGCCCAUACCACCUUCCAGAUCUCCCUGAAUCUCAGUUACACUGGGAGCCGUCCUGAGUCAAACAUGGUCAUUGCUGAUGUGAAGAUGGUGUCUGGCUUCACUCCCCUGAAACCAACAGUGAAAAUGCUGGAAAGAUCUAACCAUGUGAACCGGACGGAAGUCAGCAACAACCACGUCUUGAUUUAUCUGGAUAAGGUGUCAGAUCAAACUGUGAGCUUGUCCUUCACGGUUACACAAGAUAUUGCAGUCAGAGAUCUGAAACCAGCCAUCGUGAAAGUCUAUGAUUACUAUGAGACAGAUGAAUUUGCAAUUGCUGAGUACAAUGCGCCUUGCAGCAAAGAGAGUGGAAAUGCUUGAAGACUGUAUCAAUGACAAGUGUUUGGUCAGUGUCCCUGUUCUCAAGACAUCAUGAAGGAAAGUGUUUUUGUAUCUCAAAAGACCCAAUGAAUAAAGCUUUUUUUUUUUCUGACUA